AAGUUCCUUCUUCCUCCCCACAUCCCCGGCUACGGCCGGAAAAAAAAAACCAACCAAAAUACUCACGGACGCCGGCGGCCGGCGUGCCGACUAGUAGGGGGCGGCGGAUGUGGAGCCCCUCCGGCGACCGGAAACGAAGGCGACGUCUUGGCGCCGUCCGGCUAGAGCUCUCAGGCCGCAGCGGGCGGGCUGGCCUCUCUGCCGCCGCCGCCUCCCAGCCAGCGCUGAUGAGUGGCCUGGUUUCGUGCAAUUAAUUAUUGGCGACGUACGGACAGGACCAAGAAAUCUCGCAUCGAGAGUGACAAGUGAGAACAUCACUUGACCCCUAGUCUACUUCAUUUCAAAUCCCGCAACUUGAUGCUCUAGACUACUGGUCACUACCGCAUCGAAGACCUAGAUGGGCAUCGAUUUCAAGUCAAUGUCGUCCCAUGUGCACAAAUCAGCUUCUGGUGGUGGUAGCAUUCUAGCUGGAAAGAAGAUGGAUUCUUUUUCCCUAGUGGAUGCAUGCAUUCAUACCAUAGGUCAGCUGAGCAUAUCCAAUUGACAGUGGCCUUCUUCACACGUUUUCUUUUUAGAUAUUUAUUCGGGCUUUUGCUUGGAUAGAAACUAUAGCCAAACCAAUUAUGUAGAUAUGCCUAGUAUACAUAUGCAUUCUAACCUUACUUCCUGGAGAGACAUUGCGAGAAGGAUAGUCUUCCUCAUGGCAGGAGCAAGAGCAACAGCAUUGUCCUGCUUCUCACUGUUGUUGUUCUGUUCCUAUGCCCUGGUCUCUCCAGGGAGCAGCGAUGCCACUGUUGUCGAUGAGCUCGCGCUCCUCUCCUUCAAGUCCAUGCUGUCAGGCCCAUCCGAUGGUUUGCUCGCGUCAUGGAACACCUCAAUCCACUACUGCGAUUGGACAGGGGUUGUCUGCAGUGGCCGUCGGCAACCUGAAAGGGUUGUCGCGCUGCUGAUGAACUCCUCCAGCCUUUCGGGCCGCAUCUCGCCGUUCUUGGGUAACCUGUCCUUUCUCAACAGGUUGGACCUUCACGGCAACGGAUUUAUUGGGCAGAUACCAUCGGAGCUCGGCCAUCUCAGCAGGCUUCGGGUGCUGAAUCUGAGCACAAAUUCUCUGGAUGGAAGCAUUCCUGUGGCUCUGGGAAGGUGCACCAAUCUCACGGUGCUUGACCUCAGCAGUAACAAACUCCGAGAUAAGAUACCGACUGAGGUAGGAGCCUUGGAAAAUCUUGUUGAUCUGAGACUUCACAAGAAUGGUUUGUCAGGAGAGAUCCCUUUGCACAUAUCAAAUUUGCUAUCGGUGGAGUACCUGUAUUUGAGAGAUAACUGGUUCUCUGGUGAGAUACCACCUGCUCUGGGCAAUCUCACCAAGCUGCGGUAUCUUGACCUUGCGAGCAACAAGCUAUCAGGAUCUAUUCCUUCAUCUCUGGGUCAGUUGUCUAGCUUAUCUUUGUUCAACUUAGGCCAUAACAACUUAAGUGGAUUGAUCCCCAAUUCUAUUUGGAACAUCUCCUCUCUGACAGUGCUCUCUGUCCAAGUAAAUAUGCUGAGUGGAACAAUACCGCCAAAUGCGUUCGAUAGUCUGCCUCGUCUCCAGAGCAUUUCAAUGGAUACCAACAAGUUUGAAGGCUAUAUCCCUGCAUCACUUGCUAAUGCUUCCAAUCUGUCCUUUGUUCAACUCAGUGGUAACUCUUUACGCGGUAUUGUUCCUCCCAAGAUUGGAAGGUUAAGCAAUAUCAAUUGGCUGCAGCUUUCGAACAAUUUGCUUCAAGCUAAGGAGACGAAAGAUUGGAACUUCAUAUCGGCAUUGACAAAUUGCUCCCAGUUAGAAAUGUUGGACUUGGGUGCUAACAAGUUUAGUGGAGUUCUUCCUGAUUCACUCUCCAACCAUUCCAGUUCACUAUGGUUUCUCUCCCUUUCAGUCAAUGAGAUUACAGGGAGCAUACCCAAAGAUAUAGGUAACCUCAUCAGUUUACAACAGAUUGAUCUCAGUAAUAACUAUUUCAUAGGAACUCUUCCAUCUUCCUUGAGUAGGCUCAACAAAUUGCAAGCUCUCUCUGUUUAUAGCAACAAUAUCAGUGGAUUAGUCCCAUCAACCAUUGGAAAUCUUACAGAAAUGAAUUAUUUGGACCUCGACUCCAAUGCUUUUAGUGGCAGUAUACCAAGCACACUCGGAAACAUGACAAACUUGUUGGCACUAGGCCUUUCCGACAAUAACUUCAUAGGCCGAAUUCCAAUUUGAAUACUUAGCAUCCCUACGCUCUCCGAUAUUUUGGAGCUAUCCAGUAAUAACUUGGAGGGACCAAUACCACAAGAAAUUGGGAAUCUUAAAAAUCUUGUGGAGUUCCAUGCAUAUUCCAACAGAUUAUCAGGUGAAAUCCCUAGCACCCUUGGUGAAUGCAAACUUCUCCGGAAUCUCUAUCUCCAAAACAAUGAUUUAACUGGUAGCAUUCCCUGACUCCUGAGUCAAUUGAAAGGUCUAGAAAAUCUUGACCUCUCAAGCAACAAUUUAUCCGGUCAGGUUCCCAAGUUCUUUGGAAACAUUACCAUUCUCUAUUAUCUAAAUCUUUCAUUCAAUAGCUUUGUUGGAGAUAUUCCAAACUUUGGUGUUUUUGCAAAUGCUACUGCCAUAUCAAUCCAAGGCAAUGACAAACUUUGUGGUGGCAUACCUGAUCUACAUUUGCCUCCAUGUUCUUCAGAAUCGGGAAAGAGAAGACAUAAAUUUCCACUGAUCCCUGUUGUUGUUUCUCUCGCUGCAACGAUUUUCAUCCUUUCAUUGAUCUCUGCAUUUCUGUUCUGGCGCAAACCUAUGAGCAAACUUCCUUCAGCAACAUCUAUGCAAGGUUACCCAUUGAUCUCUUACCAACAAAUAGUGAGAGCAACAGAUGAUUUCUCGACAACCAAUUUGUUGGGUUCUGGAACAUUUGGGACUGUGUUCAAAGGAAAUAUAAGUGCUCAAGAUGGUGAAAAUACAAGUCUUGUUGCUAUAAAGGUCCUAAAACUUCAAACUCCUGGGGCACUCAAGAGUUUCUCAGCCGAAUGCGAAGCACUGCGAGACUUACGGCACCGAAAUCUCGUGAAGAUAAUUACAGUCUGCUCAAGUAUUGAUAACAGAGGGAAUGACUUCAAAGCAAUUGUACUUGAUUUCAUGUCUAAUGGUAGUUUAGAAGGCUGGCUGCAUCCUGACAAAAAUGACCAAACAGACCAGAGGUACUUAAGUCUCCUUGAGAGAGUUUGUGUACUGCUUGAUGUGGCUUAUGGGUUGGAUUACCUUCACUGCCAUGGCCCAACACCUGUUGUGCAUUGUGAUCUUAAGUCAAGUAAUGUGCUCUUGGAUGCUGAUAUGGUAGCUCAUGUUGGAGACUUUGGCCUCGCAAAAAUUCUUGUUGAGGGAAGCUCAAUGUUCCAACAGUCAACAAGCUCAAUGGGAUUUAGAGGGACAAUUGGUUAUGCUGCCCCAGAGUAUGGUGCUGGAAAUAUGGUAUCAACAAAUGGAGAUAUCUACAGCUAUGGAAUUCUAGUGUUGGAAACAGUUACCGGGAAGAAGCCUGCUGGUAGUGAAUUCAGACAAGGAUUAAGCCUUCGCGAAUACGUGAAGUCUGGUCUAGAAGACGAAGUGAUGGAAAUUGUUGACAUGCGUCUAUGUAUGGACCUUACGAACGGCAUUCCAACUGGGAAUGAUGCCACAUACAAAAGAAAGGUUGAAUGCAUCGUUUUACUUCUUAAACUUGGAAUGUCCUGCUCUCAGGAAUUACCCUCAAGCAGAUCGUCAACCGGAGAUAUUGUGAAGGAGCUUCUGGCCAUCAAAGAAUCUCUCUCAGGCGACGAGCACAAGAUGUGAUGAUGGAAGAUAUAUAUGCCAAAUGUCAUGCUGCGAUGAUUCAUGUAUCGAUGAUAUAUAUGCUGUUGGAUGACAUUAGGCUCCUUUCUCAAGUGUUCCAUGAAAUGUUUUGAACAUCGAAUGAUCACUGAAAUUGUAUCUUUCUGCUAAUCUGUGAACCUGAGAGAAUUAUUUCCUGUAUUUUAGUCAGAGCUCAAUACUAGUUCAUAAGCCUCCACUGCAUGCUGAACCUCUGUAGUAUAUCAAGUAUGCAGUAGCAGUCUAUUAGCUUCAGCUAUAAUCCUGUGCCGUAUUAUCGUUUA